UUUUCCCAACCAAGGCAUUUUUUUCAAACCUAAGCAUUGUUUGUUUUCCCCUCGUUUCUGGCUAGCAUGGAAGAUCCUCGUCGCUUGCCGUUUCGCCGCGUUCGAUCCUUGCUCUGGAACGAGACUGCGGCGCUGCUCAAUCCAGGGGAGCGCGAUGUUGUGCGCAAGAGCAUUGGCGCGGCUGUGAUCGAGGAGAAUGAGGUGCUCUUUCGGGAAGCGGUGGCCUACGAGGAGAUUCUCCAGUUUGUGGACGAGGACAUGCAACGCCAGGUCGCGUCGCACAAGAUUUUGGAUACCCCUGCCAGGCAAAUGCUGGAGAAGGAGAUCAAGAUCCUGGUGGAGCACAUCCAGGCCACCGAUUCUUGCGAGGCGCAAGCGCAGCAGUCGCAAUCUCUGGCGUUAGGGCUUGGCGAUCUUUCUCCUUCUCGAUCCCAGGCGGUAGAUCAGGGAUCUGGCCCUUCUUGCUCGUCUCCUCCUGUUGCCGCCAAGGCCGAUCACCAGGUUUCUCCCAGGAAAUCCGCCAAGAAUCCCCUAUCGCUUCACGGCCGGUGCAAGAGCACGCUGGAUUACGUGAUGAGCAAGAAUGCGAUCCAGGAGAAGCAGAAGAAAGGCAACCCCUCGCUGUUUCCCCCUCGACGAAGUGAAAUCUUCUCCCGCGGCGACGAUCAUCCAGUUCUCAGGAAGGCCGCAAUGGAUCCAUCGCUGAUCGUGAGGAAGAUGGCGCCGCAUUUGAAUGUCUCAGGGAUCGACGCCAUCAACGAUCGCCUCCGCCACGCAUUCGCCGCGGAGCAUGACGCGCUUCUAGAGGAUGUGGAAUGCUUGAGGAGCUAUCUCGAGGAUUCAACAGACGUUUACUCCAGCGUCAAGAACAAUCCCCCGACGAUCAACGACAUGAAAGAUUGCGGGAAGAAGCUCGAGGAGAGAUGGACAGCGCUCAAGCAUUGCCAAAACAUCCAAAACAUCCUCGCCCCGGUCCCGGUUGGCGGAGUGACAACCAACAUCAAUCCCAUGAAAACAAGCACAGCAUCGGGACCGGAGCCAGAGGUAGCGGUGCCUCAAUCCAGAAUCGCCUCGCAGAUCUUUCCAGGCUCCAAACGAUCGAUCAGGCUUCCCAAAAUGCAACGAUAAAAGAGGUAACGUUAUU